AUGAGCGUCACAAGACCAUCCAAAGCCACGGAUAUGUUCAGGUUCAACCAUAUAGACCGGCUUGUGUCUAAGUACGGCAUCAACUUUUACCUCGGGUAUCUGUCCCGUUGGCCGGACCUGUGUUCAGUAGAAGAGUCCUCCAACGGGCGUAUGAUGGGCUAUAUUAUUGGGAAGGCUGAGGGACAAAGCACGGAAUGGCACGGACACAUCACUGCUCUCACUGUCGCUCCCGAGUACCGCCAUCUCUCGCUCGCCCGCAAAAUGACUGAUUACCUGGAGCGCGUCUCGGAUCACAGCUACCAUGGUUUCUUUGUAGACCUUGGCACGUUCGGCAUGUACGAAGGGCUGGAAUACAGCGUGUACCGGAGGGUGCAGGAGUACUACGGCAGUCUGGGGCUGGGGAGGAACGCGAAGGACGAGGAGGAUGUAUUCGAUAUGCGCAAACCGUUGUCUCGGGAUCCAACGCGGCGCUCCGUGCGCCCAAAUGGACGAGAGAUAUCUGUCAGCUCUCAUGAUGUAUCAUAA